UUGUAACUCAAAAUGGCGGACGUGCUUAGUCUUCUUCGACAAUACAACAUACAGAAAAAGGAGAUCAUUGAAAAGGAUGACCAGAUUAUCUUUGGAGAAUUUGCAUGGCCAAAGAAUGUCAAAACAAAUUAUACAGUUUGGGGUACUGGGAAGGAUGGCAUCACAAAGGAGUAUUACACUCUGGACUCCAUCCUGUUCCUCCUCAAAAAUGUCCACCUGCAGCAUCCCUUGUAUGUCAGAGAAGCUGUGGCUCACAGCGUUCAUGUCGUCCGACGUCCAGACAGGAAGGAUCUCCUGGCAUAUCUCAAUGGAGAAACUACAGCUUCAGCCAGUAUUGACAAAAGUGCUCCUCUAGAAAUAUCUCAACGACCUACACAAGUCAAGCGAACAGCGGAUGAUACAGGUGAUGACCCCGAAAAACGAAAGAAAGCAAGAUUAGAGGAAGAACAAGUUCAACAGGCCAAGAAGAACUGGAUCACAAAGAUUGAUGGGCCAAGAGACACAUCAGUGCUGCCAACCCGUAUCAACACAUCCUCUCUCCAUGAGGCCAUGCCCCUAGAGAAGAUUGCUGCCAUCAAAGCCAAACGUUUGGCCAUCAAGAGAACCAAGAUCAAAGGAGACGAUGACAUACAGGUCGGGGCGCUAGAGCAGAGGAGCUUUGUGGAUGCUGAGGUGGACGUGACCCGCGACAUCGUCAACAGGGAGAGGCUGUGGAGGACCAGGACCACCAUUCUGCAGAGUGCCGCAAGGUGGGCACAUUUUGCUAAAAACAUCUUCAGCAUUCUCCAAUCUAUCAAGGCUCGGGAGGAAGGGUCCCAGAGGCAGCAGAACAACACAGUCGUGCAGCACACACCAGCCGUGGAGGCAGCUAAGCCUGUCCCCACCAGCGGCUACAGCAGCGACCAGGAGAGAUUCAGACCUAAAGAUGAAACGGAGGGCUUCAAGAUUGACACAAUGAGAACCUUCCACGGUCUGACCCUGAAGUCUGUAACAGAGGGAGCAUCAUCACGGAAAACACAUACACCUCAACCAACACCGCAACCGCAACCAAUGUCUCGACCCAUCUCACAGGCACGGCCACCACCUAACCAGAAGAAAGGUUCUCGCACACCAAUCAUCAUCAUCCCAGCAGCAGCAACCUCACUCAUCACAAUGCUUAACUCCAAAGAUAUCCUUCAAGAUCUUCGGUUUAUGAGCACAGAGCAGAAAAAGUCCCAAGGAGCCAAACGAGACAAUGAGGUGCUUAUCCAGAGACGGAAGGAAGGUGGACUAACAGUGCCCUACAGGAUCAUUGACAAUCCACUUAAACUUUCCCCAGAUGACUGGGACCGCGUGGUAGCUGUGUUUGUGCAGGGUCCAGCCUGGCAGUUCAAGGGAUGGCCAUGGAAUGGCAACCCUGUCGAAAUAUUCUCAAAAAUCAAGGCCUAUCAUCUGAAGUGGUCUGAGCUGCCCUUGGACAACAAUGUAGCGAAGUGGAAUGUGCACGUUAUUAAUCUGGACCGAAACAAGCGGCAUCUUGACCGUGCUAACUUGCAGCAAUUUUGGGAGCGUCUUGACAAAUACCUGAUCAAGAACAAAGCCCACUUGCGAUUCUAAUCUCUAGGAUCUCUAGCCUCAUCAUGACUUGCAUGAUGGGCCAGCAUUGUCUGUGGAGGAAUAUAUUCACCUGCUGUGAACGCAACAAAUCCUGCAACAUGUUGUCACCCUCCAGCUUCAACAGGAGGGGGCACAGUCAGCCCUGUCAUCAAUGGCAUUGCCAUUUGCUAUGCAGAGUGGUCUCCCUUAGUCAUAUCAGGACCCGAUCAUCAUGGAUUCAAGUCCUCUUUCAUCAAAGACCUUCAUCUGUUUGGACUUCCCUGACCAGAAGCUGACACAGAAGGACAAAUGUCAGAGAAGGUUCACAGUGGAGGCAUUCAGUCUUAUACCAUCAGUAUUGUCCCACAGCACCACAGCCAUUACAUUUCAGUGUUCAAGAUUAGGAAUGAUAGCAAAGGUCUUUUGCAGUGGCUGUAAUGUUGAAGGUGAAUAUUGAUUCAGGUGUUGCAAGAGCUAGCUUCAUUGAUUCUAGGAUCACCUUUAAUUUUAAAUGCUGCCUUUCUGUUUCUGUUUUGAUUAAAGUCAUAGCCUCUUGUUUCUGCAACCAACUGGUGGUAGUAAGGGGGGAGAAUCUAGGGAGGAUGUGCUCUAGGUACAAGCACCAUAACCUGGAUGACAGCCCAUACUAGAGUCUCUAAUAAUAGCUUAUCAUUGUCGAUAAGCUGUGGGUGAAACUAAUUUUUGUGUACAGGAACCCUGUUGAUUAUCUGUGGAACAUUUUUAGUCCUGGUUUCUAAUUUUGGCUGGAGUGUCUCUGGGACCUUCAUAACAGUGAGCCUGUCAGUGAAACACUCCAGGGGUAGAGGUAUAGUUGUGGUGAUAUUCUGACAUUUAAACAGACAGUAAAUUCAAUGCUUACCAUAUGGCAAUGGUGCCAUUUCCGUCAUCAUCUCUACCACAAAGACACAUUGUACAGCAUUCCUAAUUAUCCGUUGUAUUAUAUUUCCAUUGAAUUACAAUAAAUAUGUUGUUGAACCCAUUCUUUUAUUUAGGCCCAUUUUGAGAUGAAUGACUUGCGGAAAGGUCUUCAGUCAAAUUACACUGAGAGUGAGAUUCUUGUUUAAGUUAUUUUAGGUUUGAAAA